AUGCCGCACACAGUCUCACAGUCUAUUGGAGAUCCCAUUCCCAACAACACCGAACACGCAGUCUCGGUGACCCUGCCCACUUGGGAAGCCACCGUUGGCUACGAAGAAGGCCAGGCAUGGGUGGUCUCCAAGAUGACUUCGGGAUAUCCGCGGUUUUUCAUUCAUUCAAAGAUUCAGGCCCUUGCCAAGUUGUUGGAGGAUACUUAUGGAAAGGGCCAGGAUGAAGAAAGAGUCAUGAUAUUCCCUACCUACGAUGUUGCUAAGCGGUGCAGAGAGUUCAUCAAACGCCGCUCCCAAUCGCCAAAGUGUCAGGUUCGCAUUCUGCAAUUAAGCACUCCUGGGCCCAAAGAUGACGUAGAAGCCAGCUACCGAGUCGAGGCAAAUAUCAGUGCUGUUUUUUUCACUGCGUCCGAGUUUCCAGUCGCGAAGCAGUACUGGCAACACUCUGGAGAAGGUAUUUCAUCUAGACUGGGAGAAUACUGUUUGCAGGAGUUGAAAGGACUGGAGGAAGCUAAGAGAAAAGAAGAGGAACUCGCCAGUAGCAGAAGGACUAGCAGGAAUUCCAGACUUUCGACAUCUUCUGUGGCAGAGCCUACGGACGAGUAUUCCACCUUCAUCGAAGAGAGAUUUGGAAGAAACUUGGAUCUCAGAUUCAGUAAGGAAGCAAAGUUACUCCUAAGAAAGAGAAUCGCAGGAAAUGUUUCCGAAGUUGAGGAUUCCCCAAGAGGAGCCAUGCAAUUUUCAGAAGACGACGUUUACCUCUAUCCUAGCGGCAUGGCUUCCAUCUUCAAUGCUCACCAGAUCCUUCUCCAUACCUCAGAGCUCAAAGAUGAAAAAUCGGUAUGUUUUGGGUUCCCAUAUGUUGACACUCUCAACAUCCUGAGAAAGUGGGGUGCCGGAGUCCACUUCUAUGGUUUUGGGGAUGACGAGUCUUUGGAUGAGCUAGAACACAAGUUGGAGCAAGGCGAAAAGAUUAUGGCACUAUUCUGUGAGUGCCCUUCCAAUCCACUUUUGAAAACUCCAAAUUUGCCUAGAAUCAAGCAGUUGAGUGACAAGUACGGAUUUGCGGUCGUUAUUGACGAGACCGUAGGUAACUUCUUAAACAUACACGUUCUGCCAUACGCAGACAUGGUUGUUUCGUCUUUGACUAAGGUUUUCAGUGGAGAUUCCAACGUCAUGGCUGGAUCGCUGGUUCUGAAUUCCGAGUCCAAAUUCUACAGCGUGCUGAAGGCCUAUAUGAACGAGAACUUUGAGGACUUAUUCUGGGACCAAGACGCGAUAUAUCUUGAAAGAAACAGUCGUGACUUCGAAGUGAGGUCUUCCAAAAUCAACGAGAACGCUCUCGAGGUGUUGAAGUUAUUACAGUCUUCGCCUCUGAUCUCGCAAGUAUUCUACCCGUCCUUGAGCGUCUCGAAAAAGUACUAUGACGCCAUAAAGACCAAGACCGGUGGCUACGGUGGUUUGGUCUCUUUCGUGUUCAAGGAGCAGGUAGACGCGGUUUGCUUCUUCAACCAAGUUGCCCUUUCGAAGGGUCCUUCUUUGGGCACGAACUUCACUCUCGCUUGUCCAUAUGCCAUUCUUGCACACUUCAACGAGCUGGAGGAGGUAGAGAAGUGGGGAGUGGACAGAAACCUGGUGAGAAUGAGCAUUGGCCUCGAGCCCACUCAGGACCUGUUGGAAAUUCUACAGAAAGCACUAGACAGCGCUCUUGAGCAGCAUCAAUAA